AUGAAGGGCGUGUCGGCCAUCCCCGCCGUGGCGAUCAUCCCUUCGCCGCUCUUCCUCUGGCGGGUCAAGGUUAUAUUGUUUCUCCUAUGGGGCUUGUGCUGUUGCAAGAUAGGGUGGGACUCAGUUAUGAGAAUGAGUGUUGAUCUGCGAGACUUAUUUCUAUACGAGGCUUUCUUAUACUAUAAUCCUCUUCUUCUGGUGGCACUGAUGAUUUGGUUAUGGGGAGUAAAUUUGUGGGUUUUCGCACAAUCAUCAGUAAAUUAUGCGAAGGUGUUUGAUCUUUCGCAGACACAUUUAUCACACCGAGAAAUAUGGAGGUGUGCUACUUGGCUGACUUUAGUUGUUCCAACAAGUAUGACAGCUUACCUAUAUCUGUAUUCACAUGGUGAAGUGUCUCUUGCUGCAUCUCAACCAGUUCUUUUGUAUGUUAUCCUUCUGAUGAUCCUCCUUUCUCCUUUUGAUAUGUUUUAUUUAUCAUCACGCUUUUUCUUUCUGAGGACCAUGUGGCGUAUAGCACUUCCAUUACAAGCAAUUACAUUCCCUGACUUCUUUAUGGCGGAUAUUUUUACAUCCAUGUCAAAGGUGUUUUCAGAUUUGGAACGUUCAGGUUGUCGCAUGGUCCAUCGUCAGGUCGCGACAAUUGCUUGGUUUGAAGCAGAUUCAAUUUGUGGUAGCCACUCUGUAGCUAUUCCUCUAGUUCUGGUACUCCCUUAUUUGUGUCGUUUCUUCCAGUGUCUUCGACAGUACAAGGAUACAAGGGAGAAAACUUGUCUUCUGAACGCACUCAAGUACUCGACAGCAGUCCCCGUGAUCUUUUUAUCAGCUCUCAAGUAUCAUGUAUUUCCCGACGUAUGGAUUAGCUUUUACCGCCCCCUGUGGCUUAUUUCCAGUGUUGUGAAUUCAUUGUAUUCCUUCUACUGGGAUAUAAAGCGAGAUUGGGAUUUGAGCAUUUUAACCAGGAUUUUCAUGUUCAAAAACCCAAAUGCAUGGAGCAAUCUUCUUUACGGGCGUAGCUGGGUAUUUUAUUGGGUGUUAGGUAGCAAUCUCAUUCUCCGAUGUACAUGGACAUACAAGCUAUCGGCGCAUCUGCGGCACAACUACCUGACAGUGUUUGCGAUAACAGCUUUGGAAAUGGUGAGGCGGUUCCAGUGGGUCUUUUUCCGCGUCGAGAAUGAGUGGAACAAGAUGACAGCCAAGCAAAAUUUUGAAAUGUCCUCUGAUAUGCUGCCUUCGGAAGCAGAUAGGCUACUGGAUUCUAACAGCCAUACAGUCUGA